UCCAUCAGUCCAGCCCAUCAAUCCAUCCCAUUUAUCUAUCCAUCCCAUCCAUCUAUCCCAUCCAUCUAUCCGUCCAUCCCAUCAGUCCAUCCAAUCCGUCCAUCCCAUCCAUCCAUCCCAUCAGUCCAUCCCAUCCAUCCAUCAGUCCAUCCCAUCCAUCAGUUCAGUCCCAUCCCAUCCAUCCAUCAGUUCAGUCCCAUCCCAUCCAUCAGUUCAGUCCCAUCCCAUCCAUCAGUUCAGUCCAGUCCAGUCCAUCCCAUCCAUCAGUUCAGUCCAUCCCAUCCAUCAGUUCAGUCCAUCCUAUCCUAUCCCAUCCAUCAGUUCAGUCCAUCCUAUCCUAUCCCAUCCCAUCCAUCAGUUUAUCCCAUCCAUCAGUCCAUCCCACCCAUCCGUCCAUCCCAUCCAUCAGUUCAGUCCAUCCCAUCCCGUCCAUCUCAUCCAUCAUCACUUCAGUCCAUCCCAUCCAUCCAUCCAUCAGUUCAGUCCAUCCCAUCCAUCAGUUCAGUCUAUCCUAUCCCAUCCCAUCCAUCAGUUUAUCCCAUCCAUCAGUCCAUCCCACCCAUCCGUCCAUCCCAUCCAUCAGUUCAGUCCAUCCCAUCCAUCCAUCAGUUCAGUCCAUCCCAUCCAUCAGUUCAGUCCAUACCAUCCAUCAGUUCAGUCCAUACCAUCCAUCAGUUCAGUCCAUACCAUCCAUCAGUUCAGUCCAUACCAUCCAUCAGUUCAGUCCAUACCAUCCAUCAGUUCAGUCCAUCCCAUCCAUCAGUUCAGUCCAUCCCAUCCAUCAGUUCAGUCCAUCCCAUCCAUCAGUUCAGACCAUCCCAUCCAUCAGUUCAGUCAAUCCCAUCCAUCAGUUCAGUCCAUCCCAUCCAUCAGUCCAGUCCAUCCCAUCCAUCAGUCCAGUCCAGUCCAUCCCAUCCGUCCAUCCAUCCAUCAGUUCAGUCAAGUCCAGUCCAGUCCAUCCCAUCCAUCAGUUCAGUCCAUACCAUGCAUCCAUCAGUCCAGUCCAUCCCAUCCCAUCAGUCCAUCCAUCAGUUCAGUCCAGUCCAUCCCAUCCCAUCCAUCCAUCAGUUCAGUCCAUCCUAUCCCAUCAGUCCAUCCCAUCAAUCCAUAAGUCCAUCCCAUCUAUCUGUUCCAUUUAUCUAUUCUUCCAUCCAUCCCAUCUUUUCAUCCAUCCACAUACCUACCUACCUACGUAUCUAUCUACCUACCUAUCUAAUAGGGAUGCACAAUAAUUUGCAUGUGAUUGUCAUUGCGCAUCUUAUCAGUGAAGCCUGUUCUGUGAUUAGAAGUAAAUCGGCAUCACCUGCUUUCAGAUGGAGCGGCAUUUACUACACAAAGCCGUAGUUCAUUGACAAUCGGGCAAUUUCGCAUUAAUUUUUGCGGUCGAAUCACCUGCGUAUGGCCCAGCUUGCCAGUGAACUCCGGUAGUAAAUGCUGCUCCAUCUGAAUAGCAGGUGAUGGCGAUGUACAACUAAUCAAGGAACCGCCUUUACUGAUGAGAUGUGCAUGAUAUCGCAUGCAAAUUAUCGCGCAUCCCUACUAUCUACCUACCUUUCUACCUAUCUAUCUUUCUACCUACCCACCUGCCUAUCUAUCUACCUAUGAAUCCAUCUAUCUAAUGUGUGCCUAGUGUGGUUUUUCUAAUGGAAUGAUUCUCCCUUCCUCCCUGCUCCACACAUUUGCACGCACUCGUGUCUACGCGUGUGUCGGUUUGUACGUGUGUGCGCAUGGGGGGAACGCUGUCCGUUCUCUCUUC